CGAGAUCUACUUAGCUGUGCUCAUUACACUUAAUCUUUAUUACCAACACACUCUCUACAACUAUUCAAAAUGAAGGCCUCCACCAUCUUCGUCAGCGCCCUUGCCGCUUUCGCCACGGCUGCUCCUACUGCCCCUGCCGCCACGGCCCCUGAGGCCGAGAAGCGCGCCGUCGUCAACCUUGGCCAGUUCAACAACUUCAACUUUGCCAACCUUGAUCUCCAGUACCUGUUGGCCAUCAACGGCUUCAACCUUCAGGCGUUCGCUCAGUUGGGUGCCUUCAACAACUUGAACAUUGGCGGCUUCCAGAACCUCUUCGUCAACAAUGCCUUCGACAUCAACGCUCUGCUCCAGCUCCAGCAGAUCGCUCUCCUGUCCCAGCUCGGCAGCCUCGGCAUCUUCGGCAACUUCGACCUGAGCACCCUGCAGCUCGGUGCCAUCAACCUCGGCCUCAUCAACGGCAUUGGCAACUUCAACAUUGGCUCUCUCAUCGACCAGUCUCUCAUCCCCCAGAUCCAGGCCAUCAUCCAGCAGACCCAAAUAAACACUGUCGUCUUCAAGGAAUAGAGGGUCUACGACAUCUCGGUACACAUCUUGCAUCAAGGUCACCGUCGGUGAAGUGAGAGUCUACCACACGGGCUACGGAGAAGGGAUAGGAGGAGCACAUGGGGGGGAGAGAGGAGCGAAGCGGGUAGAUCCUUAUUCGUUUCUCUUUAUGUAAAAACAUUGUUGUUUGCCAUCGGCCAGUUAAUAUUACGGAUCAUUGGGGUCUCAUCUCUUCGGAUU